GUCCUUAAAUGUGGUGCCAAUGAUUGAAUUGUAGGAUUUUGGAAUGGAGUUGUCGUAAUAUGUGGACUCUUCCUAUUUGCAGUACAUCGCACAGAACGAUACAUCAGGAGCUCAAUCAAUCGCUGAAAUAUCAAUGGACGACAUCAGGUGCACACAAGAUUGAGCUGGCAGCUGAUCCACCCACAGGCUAACUUCAGGCUGACACCGACGGACGGUCGUUCUGGGGUGUCAAUGUAGGCAGACUCGACUCGUCUCGGGUGCUAAGAUAAACAUUGAGGAAAUGCGUCUGACGCUUUGAAGUGCGAUUGCAAGCAAAUGCACAUGAUGGCUGUCAUUCUCCUUUUCAGGAUCAGCAUUACGGCACAUGUAUGGAACGGUGGCAGCGUCCGGAAGAGUGAAGUGAGUGUUUGUGGAGCAGACACACAGCCGUUUCCAGGGCAAUCCUACGGGAGUCGUGGAAAGCGACGACGACGAAGGUUGGGGAAAAAGUGCAGAAUCGUGGAAGACUCCGGAACAAGCAAGAAAAACAGUGAGCAAAUAAUGAACAACAGCACAUUAGGAGCAGUGUUAUUAGCACUGUUAUUUUGCCUUCAUACAGUACCCUCGACAGUGUCAUCGGAGGUAACAGUGAUAACGGACCCAAAGUUCAGUGCGCCGAUAGCGAACGUGACGGCGGCCGUCGGGAGGGAAGCAACGCUCACCUGUGUAGUUCAUGAUCUAGGUGCAUAUAAGGUGGCGUGGCUCCGAGUAGACACCCAAACAAUCCUGACGAUCCAGAACCAUGUAAUCACCAAAAACAAGCGCAUCGGAAUCCUGUACACGGAGAAAAAGACCUGGCAGCUGCGGAUACGAGAUAUUCGGGAGAGCGAUAAGGGCUGGUACAUGUGCCAAAUAAACACCGAUCCGAUGAAGAGCCAGACGGGGUAUUUGGAUGUUGUAGUACCGCCGGACAUCCUGGAUUAUCCCACCAGCACGGACAUGGUCGUCCGCGAGGGCAGCAACGUGACACUGCGCUGUGCGGCCACCGGAUCUCCGGCACCGACGAUCGUGUGGCGCCGGGAGGGUGGUGAAAACAUCUCGCUGCAAGACGGUGAAUUAGUUCCAUCCGUCGAGGGACCAACGUUCAGCAUUCCCCGGGUGAACCGUUUGCACAUGGGAGCAUAUCUGUGCAUAGCUUCGAACGGAGUGCCACCCUCGGUCAGCAAACGCGUCAUGCUGAUUGUCCACUUUCCGCCGAUGAUUUGGGUGCCGAACCAGCUGGUCGGGGCCAUCGAUGGCCAACGGAUGACACUGGAGUGUCACUCCGAGGCGUAUCCCAAAUCAAUCAAUUACUGGACCCGCGAAAAGGGUGACAUCGUGCCACAAGGUGGCAAAUACGAACCAGUUCUGAUAGACAACGCGUACAAAGUGGUGAUGAAGCUGAGCAUCAAGGUUGUGAGCCAGGCCGAUUUCGGAUCGUACAAGUGUAUCGCUAAAAAUUCCCUCGGGGAAACCGACGGCACCAUCAAGCUCUACAAACUUCCAAAAAGUGCAAUCAAUUCCGUCGAGGCGUUCGAGGGACGGAGGAAAAAUAAAUCACGCAAAGGAAGCACAACAUUUUACGAAACCAAUGAUGUAAUUGAAGACGAUCCUGAAAGUACGAGUCGAAGAAAAGAUCUGAUUGUCGGCGGGCGGAAUGACGAAAGUUUCGAAAUAUCCAGCCCGGCUGCAACUUUGGCACCACCGCUGGUCGUGCUUUUUGUGCUGGUCAGUUGUACUUCAAUGCUGCCGACAGUAUGACGCUUAUAAUGAAUAGGUUACGAAUGAGCUAUGAACUAGGCUUACUUACCUACUAAGUAGUUGUUUCUUGUAAUCGAGAAAGUUGAGUGAAUGAGAAUGCUUGUACGUUUAGCUAAAUUAUAUACAACUGGAAGGAUGCAACCCAAACUGUACUUAGCUCUGUAAAUAACUCUAUAUGAAACUCAAAGUGAAACAAAAAAGCAAAAUGAAACAUAUCGUUAGGUAAUUGGAAUGUUAUAACACAAAACUAGAUUGUAAUAAGAAUAAUGCUGAUGUUUUGUUGUAUCAGGGAUGGUAUAAAACAAUAACGCUGUUUAUGAACUAAGAGCAAGUUUAUCGUGCUACAAAAGACUAAGGGAAGUUACAAUACUCGUAUCUGUAUAGGCUAAUAAAAAUGAAUAUGACAGGGAAUCUUCCCACAAAAUGC